UCAAAAAGAAGGAACCCCCACUCUUUUCAAAAUGCUGUAAACACUCACCAAUGUUUUUUUGUAUGUACAUUUGCCUGGCCCUUGGUUAAAACAGGAAACAACACAAAAUUUGAAAUGUUAGCCUGCCUGCUGCUGUAUGUUAUUUUCUCUACUGUUCACAGUCUAAUGCAUGCUGACCAAGUAGCGACAUACAACCAAAACGAGGACACACAUGUACGUAAGGGUUAAAAUGCCAUGACACUCACAAUGUUGAUGUACACAUGAAUACAACAUGGAAAAUCGAAACGAAACGAAUGGUCUCAUUUUUUAAGUUUAGCAAUGCCCAUGCCAACGAAGGCCACAGCUCCAGCAGUCACUACUCCUCCCACCAGUAGAGCUCCUCCCAGGACACCCAGACCCAGGAGACCAUCUGCAGGGAGGCCAACAAACAACACACCAUCACAGUUAUCGUACGUAGGUAGUAAUGUGGA